AUUUAUCGUGGCGUAAUUUUUAUUUCUCUUUUUUUUUUCUUCUUUUUCACAAAAAUCAACGUUCCUUCUUCGGUCACCUUGGUCGCAACGGAAUAUAUCGUAACGUAUAUACGUACAUAUGUAUAUAUAUAUAUACACAUAUAUGUAUACAUACGAAGGGACAAAAAAAACGGAUACAUAUUAGAGGUGCAUAUACAUAUAUACGAUAAUACAGUGUACUACAGUGGAGUUACUAGUGAAGAUUGGAAAAAGAAGGAAAGAAGAAAAAAGAGGAGAAAGAAAAAAAAGAAACAGAAGAAAACCGUUGGCGACCGUUGGCGAUCGUUGGCUGUUUUUCCACGAAGAGAUCUUUUUUUUUUUUUUUCCCUUUUUAAUACAAAUCUCGAAUCCCGGAGCAACGACACGAUCGGUAAAUAAGCGGCAGAACCAGUCUACAAGGCGGAAAGAUAGCGGCGACCUUAUCGACUCGAACGAGAAGAUAUAAAGGAAUAAGUUCACGAAUGAUAAGGGUGAAAAAAUAGAGUGAAACCGACGAGAUGAUGUUUUUAAAUUAAACGAGAGCAUGGAGCUUAAAGAAGUGAAGUUGGAUUCGCAGGAGCAGCAGCAGCAGCAGCAGCAGCAGCAGAUACAACAAGAACAACAGCAGCAACAGCAGCAAGAGCAACAACAACAGCAGCAAAAACAACAAAAGCAAGAGUAGCGUUGAGAAAGGGCCUGGAGGAGGUCCUGGAGGAAAGAACAAGGGUUAACCUCUCGAGGAGGACGAGAGGAGGACGUCAUAGUCCGUCUUAUUCGGACGGCUAAGACGAUGGCUGCAACCGACGGUCAAAUUGUCGUGGCGGCCGCACGUUGGGCCGAGGAAGCGACAUAUUUGCGAGAAUUUGUCACUAAAUAUCGUCUGCCAGCUGUGAUCAAGAUCACAAAGGGUCAAUAUGGUGGUCUUGGUGUACCAACAUUACCAGCCCCGAGUCUUCAAAGUACGGCGUUGCUUUUGUCGGCUGGCCGUAGACGCAAAAUCGUUGCUCAGGCUGUUAAAAUCAAGGAAGGACGCAGAGUCGUUGGGAUCGGGCCAAGAUUAGCUAUCCCGGACUCCUAUGCCGGAUAUUUUGAGAUUUUGAGCGAGGAAGGUCGAGCGGUCCGUGGAAUCGAGUCUGUGAACGAGCUCUCUCGAAGAUGCCCGGAAGAAGGAGCCUUGGUACGAGAAACGGUACGUGGUAUAGCUUGCAGAGUGGAUGACGAGUCUGGAAUAGUCGUGCCCGAAGGAACGAGAACGCUGGCGGCUGGUGAGACAAUCGUGACAGCCGGUGAAGUGGCAUUACCAGGUCGCGGACGAUUCCUACGAUGCGUCGACUGUCGAGGUGAGAGCAUACUUUUGAGCAUGGAACAACGUGGCCGCUUCAGCGCACUCGCAAGAGAGGAUAACAUUAGCGGCGUUCACACGGCGAAGGCGUUGCUGAGCAAACGGCUACCACUAACGGUUAGAUUGGUCCACGGGCAGCCACCGAGAGGCUUGAAAUCAUCGUCCCAGUUCGUGCCGGAGCUAAGGCUCCUUUCGACCUUCGAGGAGGAACACGUGUUCGCAUUGCCCUUACAGAGAGAGGGAGCAGCGGUGGCGUUGCCAUUGGCGGCACCUUUGAAGUUGGUCAAGGCGAGAAACGAGGAGGCCCUGAGAUUGAUGCAAGAAUUCACGAGGUUGAUCGAACGAGCCUCACGGCUCGUAGCCGACGUUGCCGAUCGUGCUCACGUUCUCGACGGUCGCUUGGGCGAGAGUAAGCCCUCGAGACAGACCAGAAGUGCAUCGGGAUUUCUCAGGCGAUCCUCGGCCAACUCGGAAAAUGCUCCUCUCGGUCAUCAUAGGAACAACAACGGCAGUCAUCAUCAUCAUCAUCAUCAUUAUCACAGUAGUGGUCAUCAGACAUCCUCCGGUCACGUCGGAUACCGGGACGAAAAUCGCGUGCCACCUUCUUCCUGCACCGAGGAUUACGACGAGAUAGAUCAGAUUUACGAUUACGUUCGCGGCUUCGCGCCAUUGCCGAAAAGCGUCAGGUCUCCCUACGAAAGCCCACUGAGCCCCGGCCAAAGUUCAAGUCCACCGUUGACACCUGUCACCGUCACGAUCGCGCCAUUGCUAGACGACAGACCGGAACCACCACCGAUCGAGACAAUCCCAACGAAGAAGAUACAAGCUGAAAAGAGAACGAGGCGAGCGGUUAAGGAAGCUCCACAGCCGAAACUGGAGAAGCCACCUUUGGCAAAGUUGUACGUUAAGAAUAGCGGCACCCAGAGAGGACGUCCUUUGAUGAGGCAAAAGAGCGCCUCGCCGUUAAAGGAGACACCGCCAGGCUACAAAGGUGGCUCUCCUCUCUUCAACAUACGUUAUAAAAGUCUAACGAAUUUGCAGCAGGCUAUGGAACUCGAUGGGACUCUAGACUCCAGUCAUUCAGGUGGUAGGACGUCCGGUGAUUCCGGUGCGGGUGCUAAGCUUCCAGAAAAGAGAUCGCGGCGUUUGAGCAGACCACGGUCGUUGACGAACUUAGUCUGGGAACUUCGAGGUGGAAGCGGGCUUGGAUGUACGAGACCGGAAACGCCACCACCCGCGACCACGGCACCAUUACCACCGACCAAGUGCGGACCCCGUUUGGCUGUCACGGUCGUAGCACCUCGACGAGUCGGCACGCUCUACCUCUAACUCGAAAUGCACUUCUCUCGGAUAGUUCAGGAAGUCCUCCGAUUACCACCGUCGGCUGUUAAUCCAUCGGCGGACCAGUUAUCGAGCGGAGUGGUAUUACGUGCGAUUUUUACGAUCUCUUCUGAGAACCAGGAACGAUAGAAGCUCUGAAAGAAGUAAUCGUUAGUAUCUCGGGUAGACUUUUUAAUUAACCAUUUAUAGCCCUUAAAUUCCGAUAAAUUCGAAUUAUUAUUACGUCUCCUGUUUUCUCACGCUAUUUUGGACACUACGGUUACCCGAAUGAAACCCUGAGUCGAAAAUUGAUCGAUCGUGAUGACGAUAAAAUUGUCAAGACCACCUACUUUCACGAUUAAUCCAGAGCUCCUCGUUCGUUCCUUUACCAACGACUUCUUCGAUCCACGUUCAGCGAGAAAUCCAAGUUGGGUGUACUUGGCCAAAGCCUCGGGGAUACAGAAGAACAUCAGUGAAACGUAUAAUGGACCUUGGUGUGCCUCGGAGCUCGGUUCGUGAGCGGAAUUAAACGACGACGAUAUCACCAGGUUCAACGGCUCGACGAAUCCUUGAUACUUCCUGUUGAUACUUUCCAAUAGUCAAACCUAUCGAUCAGUCGAAUCGUUUUCUUUUUUAUCUUUACCACCCUC